CUUAGUGUCGCUGUGGUGGGAGGUGAGCGACGGGCGCCCCUCCGCUUAGUGUCGCUGUGGCGGGAGGUGCGCUGCUUCUGCCGAUGGCAGCGGUGUCAGUGCGCGGUAUCGCCCGCUCUGCCUGCUGUUGGUCCCGCGGUGCCGGUAACAGCGCUCCGGCGAUGGCCACGGCGGCCACCGGCACCAUGACCCUGCAGAACCUACGUUUCGACAACCUGGCGCUGCGGUCGCUGCCCGUGGACUCGAGUGACGAACCGGGCAGUCGCCAGGUGCCCGGCGCCUGCUUCUCCCUGGUGCGGCCGGCGCCGGUGGAGGCUCCCCGGCUGGUGGCCUACUCAGCGUCCGCCCUCGCUCUCCUCGGGCUGCGGGAACCGGGCGAGCGGGAGCUGGCCGAGUGCUUCAGCGGGAACCGGGUGCUGAAGGGCUCCCAGCCCGCCGCCCACUGCUACUGCGGUCACCAGUUCGGCUCGUUCGCCGGGCAGCUGGGCGACGGCGCCGCGAUGUACCUGGGCGAGGUGCUGGGCGCCGAGGGCCGGAGGUGGGAGCUGCAGAUCAAAGGCGCCGGGCCCACCCCUUACUCCAGGCAGUCAGAUGGUCGUAAAGUGCUUCGCUCCAGUAUAAGAGAAUUUCUUUGUAGCGAGGCCAUGUACCACCUUGGAAUACCGACAACACGAGGUGGAACUUGUGUAACAUCCAAUUCUAAAGUCAUCAGGGACAUAUUCUAUGACGGGCAUCCAAAAUAUGAAAGAUGCACUAUUGUCCUCCGUAUUGCCCCGACAUUCCUACGAUUUGGAUCUUUUGAGAUCUUUAAACCUGUGGAUGAGCACACAGGUCGAAAGGGACCUAGUACUGGUAGAAAUGAUAUUAGAACUCAAAUGCUUGACUACGUCAUCGAGACAUUCUAUCCUGAAAUUCAACAUGCAUAUCGUCAGGACAAGGCACGGCGGAAUGCCGCUUUCUUCAGAGAGGUAACCAAGCGGACAGCCAGACUGGCUGCUGAAUGGCAAAGUGUUGGCUUUUGUCAUGGUGUUCUAAAUACAGACAACAUGAGUAUUAUUGGACUCACCAUCGACUAUGGACCUUUUGGCUUUAUGGACAGGUUUGAUCCGGAUUAUGUAUGUAAUGCUUCUGAUAACAGAGGCCGGUAUGCUUAUAACCGACAACCUGAAAUCUGUAAGUGGAACCUGGGCAAACUGGCAGAAGCCUUGGUUCCUGAGCUGCCCCUGGAGGUGGGCCAGUCUAUCGUUGAAGAAGAAUUUAAUUCAGAGUUUGACCAACACUUCCUGCAAAAGAUGAGAAAGAAAUUGGGACUACUUAGAUGUGAGAAGGCAGAGGAUGAAGAAUUAGUUUCUGAUCUUUUGCAUGUUUUCCAUUUAACAGGUGCGGAUUUUACAAACUGCUUCCGUUUACUUAGUAAUUUUCCAAUUCCUGGAUCAGCCACAUCUUUCACAUUGGGAGAUUUCCUUGGAAAACUAAUUGAGCAAUGUGCAUCACUGGAAGAUCUGAAAUUAGCUUUCACUCCAGCUAUGGAUCCACGGCAGCUGUCCAUUUUGCUGGCCCUAUCUCAAUCGAAUCCACAGCUCUUUGAACUGAUUGGUGACAAAAGGGGAGUUGCUAAGGAGCUGGAUCGAAUAGAGCGCUUCUCAGAGCUCCAGCAGAUGACAACAGAAGAGCUACAAAACAAACUCAAGAAAGCCUGGACAGACUGGCUUCAAAAAUACAGGUCUCGUUUGGAGAAUGAAGCGGAGGGUGCUGAUGAUGUUGAUGAACUAAACACUAAACGAGUGGAAGUGAUGAAUGCAAACAACCCAAAAUUUAUCCUGAGAAAUUACAUUGCACAAAAUGCAAUAUCAACAGCGGAGGAUGGGGACUUCUCAGAGGUUAGACGGGUUCUAAGGCUUCUUGAGCAACCAUACAGUGAGGAACCGUGUGUGGAUGAAGACCUGGUCCAAGAAGCAACAGAGGAGGCUACAGCAUCAUGUGAUCAAUUAAGUAGCAAGAGAAUACCAUACCACAGCAAGCCACCAGACUGGGCUGGGAAACUUUUAGUUACCUGAUCUUCAUAACAACCUGGUUUUGGCUUCUUGUUAACUCACAGCUGUUAGGAAUUGACUGUUAAACUGAAGUUUCCUUUACACAGUGGAGAAGCCACAACAAGGUAAAUAGAGUACCACUUUUUCCUCGCAACAGAUGUAAAAUGGAGAUUUCACUGUACGAAAAGCAGUACCGGAUGAUUCUUAAGUCUUUCUGCCUCAUUGGAAUAUAAAGAAUAAGUUACCUUGACCACAAUGUAGUCAGCUGAAACACAGCAUGAAAACCUUAGGGGUAGAAAAUGUUGAAAUGUCUAUUUAAAGAUUACAUGCCCCUUUGAUACAUGAAUUGUUUGAGAUUGUUGGAGUGAAAUGCUAACAGUUUUGCAAGCAGCUAUAGUAUAGAAACAGGCCCUACCAUCUGAACCAGCCUCCUAGUACCUAUAUAUGCAGUACUCUUAUUUUCCACUUUGCAGGUCAUUACCUUCUAUGCUCUGGCAUUUGGCAUUUCACAUGCUCGCCUGUGCAGUUGUAUCCGCAGUCAGGAUGCUAUGUUUCGUUUGUAACUGCGGUAAAGGUUU